AGUCGACAAAACGUUUCGACACCAACGUAUGGGUUGUCAACGGGCCUCAGCAAACUAACACUAGACUCCCCAUAUCGAUUAAGAAAACUCAGUGUGACCCCCCAGUCGCCAGAAUUCAUUCCAAAACAAUCGUCUCAACACAUCAUCAUCACCAAACUUCUACUCGUCGUACUCGAUACUCGCUGGCAGCAACGGAAUGGGCCAAGUCGUCGGAGCUUCCGGCGGCGCUGGCAAGGAAACGCUGUGAUAACGUCCAACAAUGGCACAACGGUGGUGGUGGCAACUCCGGGAAGCACCGGAGGAUCAGUUCCCGGUCCCGUCCCGGUUCAAACCCAGGCAGCACAGCUUUCAUCGGUGGCGACGGCGAUCAUUCCCAAUGGCACCGGUGGACUAGCUGGAGGGGGCGGAGGAGGAGGUGGAGGAGGGACAGCUGGAGCUAACGGUAACGGCACCGGGCGAAGUUUACUCCGUAACGAAUCACCACAGAGUACUAAUACAUCUCCUCGAAUCACGCCUCAACCAUCACCACCGCCAAUUACCACCAACAUCCAUCAAGAAAACGUCGGUGGCACGACGUAUUUCUAUCCGACCGCAGCGAACCAUCAAUUAACACCGAGCAGUACAGUUAACACGACUGAAAAUACCUUUGUCCACGUAGCAAGCUCACAAAUUAAUUUAAGUUACUCGCAUCCAGGACAUGUCUACCCGGGACCUGCAUCGCACGUGGUCAACAUGCAAGCGAAGGCACAACUGUCGAUGGCGUACUUCCUGCAGGACGAACUGAGAAACGAUAUUUUAUCUAGGAACGAAAUAGUCAAUAGUAUUGAAACCGAGUGUCAAGAUUUACCUCUAGAAGUGGAGAACUAUCUCUUAUGUCUGCUAGAAUCUUUACCAGUCCAUCCCAAGCUACCGGUACAGUCGUCCACCUACAAAGCAACACACAAUCUAACUGGCGUUAAAUACUGCCUUAGACGUCUUCAUGGUUUCCGUCUCCAGUCGACCAAGUGCAUGCAGAUUGUCGACAUGUGGAAAAAGCUUCAGCACACGAACGUAGUACAACUUCGAGAAGUAUUUACUACGAAAACCUUUGGUGAUAAUUCCUUGGUGAUAGUGUACGACUAUCAUCCCGGAUCGCAGACGUUACUCUCAAAAUACUUCAUCCCGAGCGCAGAAUCUACGAACGGCUAUUCCGAUCCAUUCUCAGGUGAAGUGCGACCUUUUAGUCACAAAAGCGCCCUUCAUCGGGCGUCUACCAGUACGCUGCUACCGGAGAACGAAAUCUGGUCGGUGAUAAUCCAGCUGUCCGCCGGACUGCGGGCGAUUCACCAAGCUGGACUGGCCUGCCGAACACUGGACCCCACGAAAAUAAUCAUCACUGGCAAGCGGAUACGAUUCAGUUGCGUAGCGAUUUCCGACCUCGCUACGUACGAUCCCAGCCAAACGAACCCGCUGACCGUGGUCAAUCAUCAUCAACAGGAUGAUCUGACUGCCUUCGGCAAACUGAUCCUGGCCCUCGCCUGCCGAAGUUUACAGUCCGUACAGCGAGAUCAGAUCCAGAACAGUAUUGAGCUGAUAUCGCGGCACUACUCGUCCGAUUUGAGGAACAUUAUUCUAUACUUGCUCUCAUCGAGCAAUCGGCGCUCGGUGACGGAGAUCAUGCCGAUGAUCGGUGCCCGCUUCUACGUGCAGCUCGAUGCACUGCAAUCCCAAUGUGAUAUCCAGGAGGACGAACUGGCGCGGGAGAUGGAAAACGGCCGGCUCUACCGACUGCUGGUCAAGCUGGGCACGGUCAACGAGCGACCCGAACUUAACCUGGAUGUCACGUGGUCCGAAACGGGAGAUCGGUACAUGCUGAAACUGUUCCGAGAUUACCUCUUCCAUACCGUCACGGAAGACGGCCGUCCCUGGCUGAACCAGUCCCAUAUCGUGCAGUGUCUCAACAAGCUGGACGCGGGCACCGUCGAAAAGGUUCAGCUGAUGUCGCGUGACGAACAAUCAGUAUUAGUGGUGACUUAUGCUGAACUGAAGCACUGUUUAGAGCAAGCAUUUUCCGAACUGGUAGCGGCAACCACCGUGUAAUAAGGAGGUUCGCGUCAAACCCCAGCAACAACAAAAAAAAACGAAAAAACUAAACUUGAGGCUCGAGAGAUGUGUAAUAUUUUUGUCUGUGUAAGAGAAAAAGCGUUUAUGAUGAUGAUGAUACAACAAGACCACAGCAGCAACAACAACAUUAACACACAACAGGUUUAUAAUGGGAGAGAGAAAGCGAAGAAUGCAGUUUCUACUACAACUACAAUAGAGGUACGUUCGUGAUCUUAUUUUUAUACACAUACAUCCAAAACCGGACGAACAGAGGAAGCAACAUAAAACAAACAAAAAAACUGGAUCGUUAGAAACUGUAUAUGCAAAAUAGGGGAGAAAGUUGAAAUUCUUGUUAAAUCUACAAAUUGUGUAACCGACAGAAAGUGAAUCGAUAGAGAUCAAGAAAUACUAAAGUGAGAACUCGCAUCAUCAUCGUGUGGUAACCCAAUAUUUACAAAACCCACAUGAAAACGGUAGAAGGAAGGAAUGCAUACACUUACACACACCACACGCACUUACUCAUACGCGAACUGUAGUUACAUUUGGACAGGAGAAUGAGCGCGGAAAGCGAAGAAAUCGAGAUGACGAGAGCGUAACCAAUGAACCAAUGCACGAGUUCACUAAUUUGACGUUUGAGCGGUGCCGAAUUCACUCGUUGUCAUGGACACGUAAAUAACACGGCACCGCUCAAACGUCAGAUAGUGAACUUGUGCAUCGGUCCAUUUAAGGAAUGAAUCCGAGAAGGGAAGAAGAGUUUACGAGGUGAGAGUAAGGGGCAGUGUUUGGAGAUAGAUGGUUUAUGUUAGGAGAUGUUCAUUUGUAAGUGAUUUUUGUGAGGAUUAUUUCAUGUAAGAUUGCUAGUUUCUUUGGAAUUGUGAUGUCCUAGAAGAGCUAAAAUUGUGUAAAUCGAAAGUUGAGAAUCAAUAAAAAUUGGCAGCUGAAACGGAGGUA